UAUUUAAAGAAAAAAAGUUUUAAAAAAUCAAGUGGAAAAUGGAACAGUAUAUAAACCAAGCGGAAUUGAUCGUAAAGACACAGUACAUUCAAGAUGUUCCGUUUUGUAGUACUUUCUUGCUUCUUAGCUUCGGCUUUAGCCUUCAGCGAUCUUCCAAUACUUGAUGGUAGAAUUGUUGGUGGCGAAGAUGUCGAAAUCGAAGAUUACCCAUACCAACUUUCCCUCCUUUACUAUGGAAGCCACAUUUGUGGAGCGUCCAUUGUUUCAACAAAAUGGGCCGUAACAGCUGCUCAUUGCACCGAUGGUUCUUCAGCUUCCAUGUUGAGCGUUCGCGCUGGUUCUUCAAUCCGUGGAUCAGGAGGUCAAGUUGUUAACGUUAGAGUGAUCCAUCAAAACCCACAAUAUGAUUCUUCUCUAAUCGAUUAUGACAUUUCCAUUUUGGAAUUGGCCUCAGAUUUAACUUUUGGAUCAGGAGUUAAUGUCGUUGGUUUGCCAUCUGUGGGUGAAUCAAACCCAGUUGGUGAACUAGCCGUUGUUAGCGGUUGGGGAACUUUAACUGAAGGGGGAAGUUCUCCAUCUCAACUUCAAGCUGUUCGUGUAACUGUUGUUAGUAAUGCUGCUUGUGGUGAAGCUUAUGGUAGAAAUAGCAUCACCGAUCGUAUGAUGUGCGCUGGAGAAUCCUCCGGAGGAAAAGAUGCUUGCCAAGGUGAUAGUGGUGGCCCAUUGGUUGUUAAUGGCAAACUUCACGGUAUUGUUUCUUGGGGUUAUGGAUGUGCUCGUCCUUCUUAUCCAGGAGUUUACGCCAGCGUUCCAAAUCUUCGUUCAUACAUCACCAACGUUGUUGGAAUUUAAAUUCUACUUUUUUUGAAUCAAAAAAUUUAUAAAAUAAAACGUUUUUAAUUUUAAUUCCUUGAAAUUACGAUGUUCCACAAAUCUUUGUGUCAUAAUGACGACUAUUUUAUCUUAUCUUAAAGUUUAAUUAAAGAUUUUUAUCAUACAA